CAACAAUCCUACGAGAUCCGAGAUCCUUGAAAAUGGGGAAAAGCAGCUGCUGUCAGAUGCCAAGGCGGUAACUCCAGGCUGGGUAACGAAUACCGAUACCAGGUACGGGCGAUACCGAGUAGAUUAGCUGGCCAGAACCUCCCCAUCCAUCCCCAUCAUUCCAUCAUCGUCUCUCUCGUCCACGCGAUCGUCCCAACUCUUCCUUCUUUUUCUUCCUCCUACUCCCGGUGUCAAUGUGUGCCUGAGAAGUUGCGGCCUCGUUGCUACGCCAUCGUCCAUGAAAUCGGGCUUUGCGCCCACCCUUCUCAUACCGUCGCCAUGAGAUUGGCCGUGUAUGCUGGGGCCUCGGCUGCCCUGGCCACUGGCGUUUUCUUGAAAGCGCUGCAUCAGAGAGCAAACUUUUAUGCGGCAUGUGUAUACCUCUCUCAGAGCAGUGCAAAUCUCAUGAUAUUGAUGAACAUCAGUCUCCUGGCGGUUGGCUUUUUCCUCUUUUGGCUUCAACGUCUCCUCUACGGCCCCCUUCGACCCAUCGAAACGGAACAGCUCUACGAGAAAGCAUGGUUCGCCGUGACGGAAACAUGUUUGGCAAUGACGAUCUUCCGAGGAGAGCUGGGCGGUUGGUUCCUGGUCAUGUUCGUUUCCUUGCUGGUUGGAAAGGUUUGGGGUUGGAUCGGCGAGGGCCGGGUGGAAUUUCUUGAGCAGCAACCUCCGGCGAACCCGCGCCUGUUCCACAUCCGACUGGCCGCUUCACUGCUCCUCUCGGUCCUGUUUAACUCGUUCAUGUUGAGGUACUGCAUCCGGACGGUUCUUGAACAGGCGCGGCCUGAUAUGAUGGUCAUGUUUGGCUUCGAAUUUGCUGUCCUUACAAUCCUCUCCAGCUCGACUGCGGCCCGAUACACCAUUUCCUUGGUCGAGAUCUACAUCACACACCGGCAAUUGAAAGCCAAGAUGGAGGAGCGUCGCCGGGAGAUCAGGGCAGUUCGGGAGGAGUCAUUGCGCCAGUACGCGGAGUCCGGAGUUAGGGACACCCCCAACCUGCCAGAUGAGAACGAUAUCGACGAGAUGGAAUUGGAUGUUCCUGGCUGGGAAGAAAAGGGCCGCUGGAUCUUCUACCUUGACCUGCUUACUGACUUCCUCAAGCUUACCGUAUACCUUACCUUCUUUGCUAUUCUCUUCACGUUCUACGGCCUGCCGAUUCACAUCUUACGCGACGUCGUGGUCACCAUUCGCUCUUUUGGACGACGCAUCAUGGACUUUGUACGUUACCGCAAUGCAACCCGGGACAUGAACGAACGCUAUCCGGAUGCAACUGCCGAAGAAGUUGCCAGGGAGGAGGUGUGUAUCAUUUGUCGGGAAGAAAUGACACAUUGGCACCAGCCGGCGGGUGCGCAGCGGAACCGGGUCUCUGAUAGACUACGCCCGAAGAAACUUCCCUGCGGCCAUAUUCUGCAUUUUGCUUGUCUUCGAAGCUGGCUCGAGAGACAGCAGAAUUGCCCGACCUGUCGGCGGCCUGUUAUUGCGCCACCUCGGGCCCGGGGGGCGGGUGACGGCGGUAAUCAGGGACCAGGCAACGAUGCUGGCGCACAAAACAUGCCGGCUGGAAACCAAGCGUUUGGUAGGGAAGAGCAAGCGGACGGGCUACCCAGAGCUCGGGUUUACCAAUUUGGGCCUUUUAGAAUUGGGUUUGGGACGGGAAGAGGUGAUCUUUUCCACAAUCUCCAACAGCAAAUCAACCAAGGCCAUGCGCCCGUACCGCAGGCCAAUAAUGUCAAUGCCCCAGAAGGGCGGCAGAUCGGUAUUGGCUUUAGGUUCGGACGGCCUCCCCAGGUGGCAGCGCCGCAAGCUGUACCCAUGCCUACGUCGAAUGUGGCGGAUAUACAAAGUCAGUUGCAGCACAUGGAGCAACAAAUCAUACAGGAAAUCGACAAUCUGCGUGUCACUGCGGACCAGCUCCAUAUGGUCCGUCUGCUGCAGACGGAGCUUCAGCGACUUCGAACCCUGCAGGCCAAUUCUCCCAUUGCACACAGCACCUCGUUCCAAAGUUCCACCGCCGUCUCACCCCAAACUUCGUCCAUUACUACGCGCCGUCAGUUCAUUUCGGACCCUCGUGCACCCGCCAUGGGCGCUGGGGACAGUCGACUGCCCGACGGGCUGAACCUUCCUGCUGGCUGGUCUCUCAUCCCUCUUCACUCCCCCGAACAGGGCUCCAGCCAGCCGGCUGAUCAACACCCCACCCCUACUGUUCCUGAAGCCGGCACCACCCCGAUCUCCGAUAACACCUUCACGCCGCCGGCCGCCCUACCAACCGCGACUGCAACGGCUGAAGGCCAAGAGCACGAGGGUGUGGCUGCGCCGGAGCCUUCUGCUUCUCGGGAUUUGCCGAAUUGGCAGCCGGGAGCAACGUCGACGGCGACCGGGUCGGGUAUAGAAUCACUGUCGCAACAGUGGACAGAUCUGGCGCCUGAUGCCCAGCUCGAAGGCGAGAGCAGUCUGGUCGAAGGAACUGACGGGACGGACCACGCUGAAGACUCGGACUCGGCGUCGAAGGGAAAGGCACGAGUCGCCACGGUGGAAGACGCCGUUGAUGAUGAGACAUGAUGGGUGCCCUUGGCCUUUCCCGACAUUUCUUCUUUUCUGCCUUUAUACCUGGUGUCUUUUUGGUUGAUGUAUAAUCAUCUCAUUGGUGUUGCCCCCUCAUAUCGGGUAAUGAUUGUUUUAUCGGCGUUCUUCAAGCGGCUCCCCCAUCAUACCCCGUUGCCUGUAUGUUCGAUCCAUGGAAAUGUGGCUCAUGCAAGGUCAUUCUCAGUUGAGAUCACCCCGUCCCGGUCGGUGUCAGGGGCCGAUGACCCUUACGUGUAUGUACAUAAGAAAAAAGACGAUAUCGCGGCUUACUUGGUUUAAUUAAA